AUCUGCUAACCCCUUCCCCUGGCUCUGUGUUUCACUCACCGAACGGCGGCCCUUAAUAACAAUCAUAACAAUAAUAAUAAUGUACCGAACCGCGGCGAAACGAUUAUUCUCCGCUGCAACUCAUUCCUAUCAUGGUAAUCUUCACCGCCUCCGGUUGCGCCCUCCACACUCUCAGAUCUUCAUACCCUAUCGUUGCUUUUCUACAUCCGAGGAUCAACCAUUUCCUAUUCCACAAUCUCCCGUUCAUCCUGAAACCCCUCUCAUAUCAGAUUCAGUUCCAUCUUCAUCGCCAUCGCCGUCGCCGGAUGAGGAUCCCAGAACCAGAGGAGACAAGUACCAGGACGAAAAAUCUCGCGUGCUCCAUGCCUCCCUCACUCACGUUAUAAAGUUGGGAUGGACUGAAGCUGCGCUGAUUGCAGGAGCAAAGGAUGUUGGACUCUCCCCUUCCAUUGUUGGUUCUUUGCCGAGGAAGGAAGCUGCUCUGGUUGAGUUUUUCAUGGAUGACUGCUUACAAAAGCUUAUCGAUAGAAUUGACUCUGAUGAGAGUUUGAAAACCUUGACACCAAGUGAAUGUAUCUCUAAGCUUAUCAGAAUUCGUCUAGAAAUGCAGGCACCAUAUAUAUCAACAUGGCCUCAAGCUCUUAGUAUCCAGGCACAACCAGUGAAUGUUCCAACUAGUUUUAAGCAGAGGGCAAUGCUUGUGGAUGAGAUUUGGCAUGCUGCAGGUGACACUGCUUCUGAUAUUGAUUGGUAUGCCAAGCGCACUGUCCUGGCAGGAAUAUACUCAACAACCGAGAUUUAUAUGCUGACAGAUACCUCUCCUGACUUCCGUGAUACAUGGGCCUUCCUGGAUGCUCGAGUGAAAGAUGCUUUCGAUCUAAAGAAAACCAUUCAAGAGGCACAGCAUUUGGCAGAAGCGGUGAGCGCGGGACUCGGGAACACAUUUCAAGGGUUUGUGGGGAAAGUUCUUCGUAGAUAAUAUUCCACUCCGCGGUCAUAUCAUGUUUCUCUUGAACAAUGAAACCAUGAUUAUCACUUGUAGGAGAUGCUAUAUUUACUAGUACUUAUGGUUUGGAUAAGUUCACAUUUGUUCUGUGUUGGGCACUUCAUUCGGUCAGCGCUCGAGUGCCUUAUGCUAACACAAUAAUUUCACUCUUGUAAAUAAUCCCAUUUUGGUUUUAUGGCGCAAGGGACACAUUUUUUAAUGAGUUUCUUUUGGACUCUACAACUGUAUUGAUUUAGUGUUAAUUUUUAUGUUGUAACCUUCCGUAUUAUCAAGGGAUGUGCUUGCAAAUAAUUUGGUUCUCA